CAAGACUUUAAAGACUGACACUUUUAACAUUCUUCCUCUUCCAUGUCCGGCCGCCCAAGAACCCAACUCCCGCUAACGAGACACGGACAAACUCUCUGGAAGAGCAAGUACCCUGAAGAAAGCAAAGCAUAGAGGAUGAUGGAGAUGACGAGCGACCCCGCCAUCAAGCUCUUCGGCAAGAAGAUACCCUUGUCGUCCAGCGGAGAGUCGCCGGAAGCCUCCGGCGACGACGUGGCUUCUUCCGGCGUGAAUUCGGAGGAAGACGAUGGAGGUUCGGAGAAGUGCCAUUCCACUGAAAAAGUUGCCAUGGAAAUGCAAGUAGAUGAUGACCAGGUUUCGCCAGAAACUGUGAACCCAAAAACACCCUCUAUUGAGGAAGAGUCUGCCAAAUCGAAAGCUUCCGGCACCGAUCAAGGACAGGGCGAUUCGCCAAACUCGCAGGAGAAACCCCUGAAGAAGCCGGACAAGAUCCUACCUUGCCCGCGAUGCAACAGCAUGGACACCAAGUUCUGCUACUACAACAACUACAACGUCAAUCAGCCCCGGCACUUCUGCAAGUCCUGCCAAAGAUACUGGACGGCGGGCGGCACCAUGAGGAAUGUUCCCGUGGGAGCUGGGCGCCGCAAGAGCAAGAGCUCAGCUUCGCAUUAUCACCACAUCACCAUCUCUGAGGCUCUUCAGGCAGCUCGAAUCGAUGCUCCGAACGGGAUUCACCUUCCAAAUGGGAAGAUCAAUGGCACUGUUCUCACAUUUGGCUUAGAUCCAUCCACCGGUGAUUCCAUGGCUGCUGUGUUGAAUCUCGCCAAUAAGAAAGGAUCAGCUACGAACGGAAUGCGGAAUGGGUUUCAUGACUUCGGAAGGAAUGGGGUUUUAGUCCCGCAAAGAAGUGAAGAGAAAAAUGACGAUUGCUCGAGCCGAUCGUCUGUCGCGAUCUCAAACUUGACGGUUGAAGGAAGUGGGAAUUCCUAUCUGGAAGGAUCCAGUGCCAAUGGAUUCCAUCCUCAGUUGCCAUGCUUUCCAGGUGUUCCUCAGCCUUAUCCGUGGAAUCCCACGUUUCUUCCACCGUCUUUAUGUCCUUCAGGAUUUGCUGUGCCGAUCUACCCUGCGGGGCUUUGGAACUGUGGCCUCCACAGUAGUUGGAAUUUCCCUCCGUUCUCACCUCCGAGCCAAAAGGCAUUGAACUCAGGACCAGAUUCGCUGACUCUUGGGAAGCAUUCAAGAGAAGGCGAGAUGCUUAAAAUGGAUGUUUCUGUGGAAGACAAGCCUGGGAAACGGAGGAACGGAUGUGUUUUAGUCCCAAAGACUUUACGUAUAGAUGACCCGAGCGAGGCUGCGAAAAGUACUAUAUGGUCUACUCUUGGGAUCAAGAAGGACUGGCUAGGUAAGGACGGGUUGUUCAAGGGCUUCCAAUCAAAGGGCGAGGAGAAAAAUCACGUGUCCGAAACCGUAUCUGUUUUGUGCGCUAACCCUGCUGCCUUAUCGAGAUCUAUCAAGUUCCACGAGAGCUCUUGAGUUUGGCUCGUGAUGACUACAGGUAGAAGUAACUACAGGAAAACUCUUGUAACUGGGCUGUCAUCUUUCUUUGGUGAUUCUGCGACUUGCAUUGUUUGGAACCGAGCGAGGUGAGUCAUCGAUCGGCUGCGACGAGCCUAGGAAAGCGACGGACCCCAGACUCACCGGAGUUCGCAGCGAACUAAUUCCAACCUGAUGGGGAUGUUUCCUUUAUCUGUGUGCUAAUUAGGUUGAGUGCACCCACUCGUACGUUACUCAUGUAAAUUAUUUGAACGGAACAGAAAAGCUUUGUCUGAAUCUUGUACCUCUUGAGAGAUGUUUCUUA